AUGCCUCUUCUCAUAUCGUUGCUUCGCACAGGCCGACCAAAGAGACCCCUCGAGACGGAUUCUCAAACGAUUGCACCUCAGGUCAAACGAGUGAAAAAUGAACAACCAGCAUACAGGAUCCCUCUGCCUAACGAGCUCGUCGAGCUUAUCUUCCUUCAUCUUCCACCUCGAUCCGUUAUAUCCGGGAGUCCUCGGAUCCAGGCCAUGCUACACCUCCAUCCUAUUUCAAUGAAUUCAAAUAGCACACAGAAGAUAAAUCCCUUCCUAAACCGCAUAUUACCUGACCUCCCCGUGCGAGGAGAAAAAUCCACUUUCAAAUAUUUUGAUCGGGUUUCCGGGUCUCAUCCAGUCAAGCCAGUACCCUAUUAUGCAACAACUGAGGGAGAGAAUGCCAUUAAACAAUCUCACACAGACAAGAAUGCUAGUUGGAAGAGAAUAUCGCUAGGUACACCAGGCCAGCCUAUCCGCAUCCGCUUUGUGAGAGCAUUUGAAAUGCCUGAUGAGAGCUUUAGCAUCGAGGAGUGGGAAGUUUACUGCGGAGAAGGGCUUACUAUACCCGAAUUCCAAGAGAUCUAUGAAGAGCAUAGGGCGACGCCGUGGGGACAACUGGAACAACCGGGACAACCGAGACGAUCCCAUCGAUUCGCUUGGGAGUUUUUAUGUGAAGAUGGGACAUUAUGGAUGAAGUUCAAUACUGAAGAGGAGGAAAGUUGCUUGAAUAAGGUUAAGAAACGUUGCAGAGACAUUAAUACUGCUUGGGCCCCGCUUGAAGACAUAGAUAGUGAUGACCGCAUUUCGAAGGAUAAGCGGGAACUCGGAAGCAUAAUUCAAGUAAUCCAGAAUGGUCCAUCGAUUCCCAAGGGAAAUAUUCUCAUGUCCUUCGGAGCGCCAAUAGAGAUAGAGGGGCGAAGCCAACACCGCAGAAGCAUUUGGUGUGCUGAACCUGACCUCCCUGAUAGAACUAUCGACCUAAAGUUGUACGCUCCGUCUUAUGACCACCGGUUCAUUGGAGAGAUUGUCUUGCCACACUGGGAAAUCCCGGGUCUGUUCGGCUUCGCUUACCGAAAGACUUGCCUCCUGAUUCAACUUCACCACAUGAGCUAUCUUACCUCACAAGGGCUACUAAAUCCUCGUAGCCAUUUCCGUUUUGAUGCGUCAUUUAACCAGGAAAAGGUAACUCGUUCGGCGAGCGGAUGUCUAGAUAGGAAUAAUCGACGACGUGCGAAGCAAAUCACUCCAUCUCCUCAGAGUAACGUAGUAUUAUUUUAUUCCUCGAAAUUGCCCUUGAAAUAA